AUGCCAAUAUUAGAAGAAUUUAAUCAAUUGAAGCUGGAUCUAGAAGCUCUUUUUUCAUCGAAGGAAAUGAUAGAGAAACAAAUAUAUGAAAAGGCCACACAAAUUUAUAAAUUGAAUAGUGAAUGCAUUUCUCUUUCAAAUGAUGAGAAACAUGGGGGAAAAAAUUUUGAAGAAUUGUGUUUAGAAAUAUCUAAUUAUGUUAGUGAUAUUCUGCAAGUUAGACUAAACAAUGAUGGCUUAAUUGAACUUAAACAAGGUAAAUUGAAUAGUAGUAAUAUAGCUGAAACACAAGAAAACAAAGUAGUUCAAUAUCGAGUUUCGAAUACAGAGGACAAUCUAUGUGAAAACAAAAAGUCAUUGAUACAUGCAAAUAGCUAUGCAUUUAAAAAUAUUUAUAAACUCGAUGAUUUCAUGAACACAACUAACUGGCUUUGGAACAAGGAACUGAAGUCCAAAAUUGUUGAAUUUGCUUCAAAUAAAAAUAAUGUAUUCCCGAGUAUCGUAAAAUCCCCACAGAUUGGUGGGGAUUUUUCGUCCACUACUCCUAGCCAUAAUAAAAUGCAGUGUAAUGGGCUGCCAAGGUUAGUGUGCAGAACAGUCAGAAUCGAGGAAAAUAAUUUAAAACAAAUAAAGUAUAUAAAUCCACUGAAGAGUUACAUAGAAAAAGCAUUCAAACUUGAAUCAUAA